AUGGACUGGAAUUUGAAUACUCCCACAGAAUGGGACUGGGAGAACUUAGCCAUUUACAGCAGCAAAGAGAUCGAAGUCACCAAGAAUUUGCAACUUUCCAGCCACGAAAGCCAAGAACAUGAGCCUGUUGACAAUGUGGAUUUCUCCUUCUCGGCUUCUGCAGAUUCUUCGUCUAAGGAGACCAUCAAGACUUUUGGAGUAUUUGAUGAUUUACAUAAAAGUUUCUUGGAAAAGGAAGAGCCUUCUUGGGUAGGGGAGAAUGGGCGCUUCUCUAACAUGGUGGAAGAAGCUUCAGUGUUUUCUGGUGAAGCCAUGAUUGGUUUAAAGCUUGGAAGGCAUGGGAGUAGUUCUAGCAGUAAUAACAAGACCGCCACUGCAUCGGUGUCUUUGUUUCCUACAACGUCGCCCAUGAUAAAGAGAUCUAGAGCAUCUUACUUAAGUUCACAGUCUCCACGUUGUCAAGUCGAAGGAUGCAACCUCGACCUUUCAUCUGCCAAAGACUACCACCGCCGGCAUAGAAUCUGCGCUAAUCAUUCUAAAAGCCCGAAAGUCGUUGUAGCUGGGAUGGAACGUCGAUUCUGUCAGCAAUGUAGCAGGUUUCAUGAUCUGUCAGAGUUUGAUGAUAGAAAGCGUAGUUGUCGUCGACGCCUUUCUGCUCAUAAUGCUAGACGACGCAGGCCGCAGUCAGAAGAUAUCCAAUUCAGCUCUACACGAAUGUCCUCUUCAAUAUGUGAUCGAAGACCACAGAUGAAUUUUCUUCUGAAUAGGGCCUCGAUCCCUAUUAUGGAUUCAACAGUACCACCCGAAAGUUCUUGCAACUUCAAAGGGGAAGAGUCUCUCCUAGGUCUAGCAAAAGAUGGAGGGAUUGAUGUCCUACCAACAAAUGGUGCCUUACACUUCAGUUCCGAGAGGUUUAUGCCUAGAAACGUGAAUCAUAACGGUAUGGACUCAACUUCGAACCCUUUAUUAUCUGGAGAUGUUAGGCAUGCUUUCUCUCUUCUGUCAACAAGUUCUUGGUCAUCGAAUUGGCCUGACCAAGCCUCAUCCUUUGAUCAGUUUGCGCAUGGAAACAGUACUAUCAGUUUAGGACAGCCAGGAAUGCCAUUGAACCUGCAAAAUACUACCAGCAGCAGUACUCACCUCCAAGACUUUCAUUCCUUCAGAUCACCUCAUGAAUUUGAACGUUUUUAUUCCAAUUGA